CUCCUGUCUGUUAGUUUCGUUUUGUUCUUCUCUAUUGUCUCAACUUGAACAGAAGCAAGUGUCCCAUCCCACCUUUGAAACUCCUGGGCUGACAAAGUCCAUUGACCACAGCGAUCAUCUCGAUGGUACACAAUCUCACUCGGCACCAUUGGCAUCCGAUGGCGCAAGAAACGAAUGCCUAACAUGGCAUGAGGAAGGAAUGAACUUGUACAUGCGUCUUGGUGCAGUUGGAUUUGGCCUCGGGGUGAUGAUCAAUGACGGAUUCGGUCUAUCUUCUGCCUGGGAACUUAGCGAUCCGUUUUGCCACAGUUUCUUAUGGAUCCCAAAACAUGCACUUCGUCUCGUUUGGGUUCUGUGGCAAACGUACUUUGUGUUUAAAUAUCACAGG